AUGGUGCAGCAGGCCCUUAGAGAAGCUGUCGGUGAGCUCGGCGUGAAACUGUCCAAUGACCAGGUAGAGGAGAUCAUGGACGAAGACCGCGGAUCUUCUCUUCGGAUCCUCUACCAGUUGCGGCGGGUGCUCAGCACCAAGGCCAAAGGCUCUGUCACCGUGGCCACAGCCCAGGCUCCUGCGGGCUUGCAAGCAUUUGCAAGCGCACGUUUCGCAAGGCGUGAUGGCCCGCAGGCAACAGGGGGUGCUGGACGACCGCGGCUGCAGAAGCAGGUGAAAACUGAAGAGGAGGCACCUGCAGUGCGGCAGGUGCACGCGCGCGAGCGAUUCGCGACUUGCCCCCAGGAGAACUUCUUCGACCAGAGGGUGAAAACCCUUCGUCCAAUAGAUCAGCGAUAUCCCUACGAGGUGCACAACAAGGCCUUCGUGGACGAACACACCAGGCAGCUGCGCAGCGCCCGGGAGAAGGAAUACGAGGAGAUGGUGGAAAGGAGUGCCAAUGUGCAGGAGUUUAGGGUUGCUCAGCAGCGAAAAAUGGAGAGCAGCAGGGCUCAGAAGGAACUUGCGAGGAAAGCUGGGGAGCAGCACUGGCAGGGUGUGCAAGAGAAGAAGUACAACCUGCUCGAAAAAGACCUCAACUUCGAGAAAGAGAUGAUCCGAAGAGAUCAGCAGAGGAUAGUUGAAAUCCGCGAGCACUAUGCGCAAGACUGUGGCUUCAGGGAAGGGGAUGAGGAGCACGGUAUUGCCUGGUUCGAGAAGAACCUCCAGCGGAUCGGUAUCGACACGUCCGAACACUCGGGAAGUGACACUGCAACCAUUGAGGCUGCGACCCUCAAGGAGCUUCACGAGAAAAUGAAAGAGAAGCUUCCAAGCAAGGCUCGCCUGCAGAUCGAAUCUGCCAAGCGAAUGGAAAAGAUUCGGGACACAAAGCGGCAGACGGACAUCGCUCGUAAGGAAAGGGAGCGGCGACAGCGCCGUGUCCAGUACGAGCAGGCAGCUACCACGGCAGCCGUUGAAGCCAAGAAGAAGGAAGAAGACCUGCUCACCUGGCUUCUGGCAGAGACGGCCAAGUACCGGCAGGAAGCUGCGGAAUACGAUUUCAAGCUGCGCCGCAAGCAGGCCCAAUGGGAGCAGCGGGAAGCCAAGCAGCGGGCGUAUGCGCAGCGUGCAGCCGUCGAGCAGGACGAGGCAUGGAAUCGCAUGGCCGAAAAAGCGAGGGAGGAAAGGCAGAUCAAGCAGAGGUACCGAUCCAACAUGCCAGACACAGAAGGAGCGGCCGAGGAAGCAUCGUCAGACGACGAUGCAGCGCCGGUGGAGCCUGGUGCCGCGACAACGGCCGUCGAGAAGAAGAGGUCAGAGAGGUUUACAAGCGACAGUGUGUCAGCACGGCACUCAAAAGAGCAACGGGCGGCACCGGUCGUCGAGAUCGCGGCUUCCGAGGAGGUCAUCGCUUGCGUCAGGGAAACGUUGAUGACGGAGUACCUCUUUUUUCGCGGCGGUUGGGCACACUUCAAGCCGAGCGAGGAGGAAGCGCUGGGCCUCUUGCAUGGUGCCCUGGGGCGCUUGGGUGAGACUUCCCAGGCUGCCUCCGAGCCGCGGCUUGGAAGUGUCGUGCAAUGGCUAUGCAAGUCAUCCACCAGCUUCAAGCACCAGGCUGCACCGCGAACUCGCAAGGCACAGCUUGCCAGUGAUUUUCUGCCUGUGGUCGCUCUCGUUGGCAGUCCUGUUGGGCUGGUGUCUGGUCGGUCCACGGCCCUGUGCAACUCGCUGGUAGAUCGUCUGAGUCAGGAGCUGGGAUAUGCUGUCCUCAGAUCCUCGGAGGUCGUCGGCGAAUGCAUUGCGCUCUCCGAGAAGCCCCCCCAGGAGCCUGAUUGGCCUAUUCUGGCACGGAUGCGAGAACUCGGCAAAGAGGCAUCGCAGGGGCCGCGCGGCGUGUCUCCAGGGGUUCAAGCCGAGAUGCUCUUCCGCAAGAUUGAGUUGCUCUCGGCUCCGGCACCGAAACCGGUGGAGGAGGAAGACCCGAAGAAGAAGCCAAAGGGGAAGGAUAAGAAGGAGGAGGUGCCGGAACCUGUCAGGCCAAAGGGCAUCCUGGUGCUGGGAUACCCAGCAGAGCUGAGGCAGCUUGCAAGCUGGGAGGCGGCCCUGCGUGGCUUCACCUCCUCCCUGCUGCAGCUCAUGGAUUCCGAGGAGAGCCAGCAGGCCCGGCUGGGCUCUCUGCUCGCUCCCUUCUGGGUGGAGGGCGAGUCUGCCACGCCGGUGGUCAAGGCCGAGGAGCGUGAGUUGGCAAAGGCUGCAGAGAAGGCAGACUUUGAUCCUGAAUUUGCUCCGCCUGUGCGCAUCAUCCGACUGCGCUAUCCCGAUGAGGCAACGUUGUUGGAGGCCGUCCAGAAGGAGGACAUGUCCGCAGAAGGGCGCGGGAAUGAAGGCGAGUCACGAUUGUGCCAUGGACUGGAGGAGGAGAUGGCGGCGAUGCAAUGCGCUGCAGACCAAGCCUGGUUGUUCGAGAGUGCGCAGGUCUUUGCGACAAAGCUCUCUGCUCCGCUCCACAAUGUUCACGACGUGCUCGUGCAGGACGGUGAAGAAGGCGACGACAUCAUCCCGGCACCAGAGGCAAUCCUGAAGCGCAUCCGGGAGCUCGUCGCAUUCUGGCACAGGCCGAUACUGGAAGUUGAAGCUGCAGAUGCAGAUGCAAAGCCCGAUGAAGCCGUCGAAGCCCCCGAGGCCGAGGCUGUGGUGGAAGCGGACGCGGCGCCUCCAGAGGGAGCUGAAGGGGAUGAGCCGGUUGAGCCAGCGGCUCCGGAGGACGGUGCCGGCGACAAAGAGGCUGGGCAGCCGACCGAGGGCAAAGAUGAAGCAGAGGACUUGGAGCAGGAGGCAGUCAACACGCUUCUCAUCAAGGACAGUCGUCAAACCAAGGAGGCGUUCCAGAACCUCUGGCUGCAGAACAUGAGUCACUACCUGCUGGGGAUCCGCGAAACUCUUCUGGAGGUGGAUGAGCACGCAAGCAGCUAUUGCAAGGACCUUAUCUUCAUGCAGCGGAGGUUCCUUGAAUUCCUACAGCAGCCUGAUGACAAGGCCCAGGUCCUGGAAGAGUUUCUUCGAGGCUUCCCUGUCAGGAACAACGUACCGCCCGGGUCGCGACAAGCAGAUGAGCUCAGCGAGCAGCUGCAGGACCUUGCAGACAGGCUGUGGGUACAUGCGAACUUGCGCAAGCAGGAGGCUGUGGAGGAGCGAUACCGUCAGAUGACGGGCGGUUUCUGGGAAGAGAAAGCUGCAGCGCAACUCAGAUUGGCGCACAAGCUCCAGGCACUGGAACUGGCCAGGUUCAAAGUGGCUGCUGCCGUUUUGAGGUGGACUUAUUGCCAAGUGGACCAGGAUCUGAAUUGCUUCGACACAUCUGGCGUGGAGCCACCCCCUGCGGACCUGUCCUCCCUCCAGGACCUUGCGACCUGGCUGGAUGAAUCCGCAGAGCGCUUUGGCAGUGCCGAGCCGUCGGGUGUGGAGGAAGAGACGACGCAACCUGAGAAUGAACUACCUCAAGCGGACUCCCUGCCGGAAGAGGACAGCUCAUUGCUGGAGGCAUCCGCAAGCCAGAUUGUGGAAGCCAGCAGUGAAACUUCCGAGCUCGUUGCAGCCCUCAAAGCUGAACGACACGGCCUGGUGUCACGGUGUCGCUGCAUUGCAGCCUGGACGUAUGCCCGGCUAGAGACCAUGCACAAGCAACAUGAGGAGGUCUUUGCUCGAAUGGACGAUUGGAUCAAGGACCGUGUCAAGGAGGAGAACGAAGCAAUCAAGGCGACUGACACCUUGCUUCGCUCUGGAAGGUGGGAGGACGAGGAGCCAGUCUUCAUGACAACGAGAAGCAUGCGAAGAUCCCAGACCACUACGAUGAAGCCUGCGCUGACCGGAGCAGCCGGCAAAAGACGCCGAGACGUCCUCAAGGUCAUCGUGGCGAAGACAUUGGACGUGGAUGUCUACAUUCCUCAAAAGCUCGAGGUGUCGGAAGCAGCAGUGCCGGUGCCAACCAGACCCUCAACGUCAAACUCUCAAGUCGCUGUGGGAUCCCGGCCGUCUACCACAAAGCCCUUACGGCCAGUUUUCCCCGAGAAGUGGUCCCAGGACAUGCUCUGGGGUCUUCUCACAAGACUGGCAGAUCUGAGUGGAGCCGUCUGUUCGGCUGAGCAGCUGCUUCAGGCACUGCUCGAGCGCCGCCAUUCUGCCUUAGGCUUCAACAACGAGCAGGUGAUACCCGAGUCGUGGGUCAUGCGGCCAUUAGUGGUCUACAAACUUCUGUGCGACUCGAUGGUGGAACCGGCAUGGGGCGCCACUGGCGUUGACGUGACAGAGUUCCUCUUGGUGUUGUCACAUCACGAGAAUUCCGUUCCAUGGCCCACACCGGAGGCUUUAGAAGAGACGCGCUCCUUCAUUCAGUCCGAGGAGUCUCCGCUAGAUCCGGACGUGUUGUCCUCGUACCCCGAUGUUCCGAUAUCGGAGGAGUUGUUCUGCCAACUUCCUUUGUGGCCAGAGACUUGCCCGCCGGAACUUCGGCGGUGGAUCUUCCAGGUACUGGCUACCUUUGCAGAGGAGCAAGUCCGACUUCCAGCGAAGCCUUCGCGUCGACCAGAGGAUCCGAGCGAGUUCACGAUUACAGCGAGGAGGAUUUUCGGUUACUUUGGUCUGGGCCACAGCCCUGCAGAAAGCUUCAGCAGGCUUUGCAGGCUUCUGCUCCCUCGUGAAGCGCUAGCUGCUGAGGAAGAGCCUGCGCAGGUUUUAGUGAAGGAUCUGUGGAUGCUCCUUCACAGCCAGCGCAGUCGACCAUCCGGCCUUCUCGCACCAGUUCCCGACUUGGCCACCUUCUGCAACAACCUUCUGGAGGAGGCCAAAGCCGAGACGGCCGCAGCCGCCGCCCCAAAAGGGAAGGCGGCACCGAAGCCCAAGGGGAAGGCCAAGCAAGAGGUCGAGGAAGAAGUUGAACCGCCGCCGAUCCCUGAAGAAGCCACAGUGGCAUUCUCAGAAAAGGUACUUCUGCAACGCAAGACGGUUCUACGUGCCUUCUGCAGUCACGGCGGGCUUCUCUGUCGCCGCCGUGGUCUUGAAGUGCUGUUCCCCACUGCAGGUUCCGGCUGGUCACUUGCGACGUCUUCGCAGGCCUGUCAUGCCGGCAGUUUCUUCACAUCUAGCCGCUAG